CGGCGGGGGGCGGGCGGGCCGCGGCGGUUGCGCAGCUCGGGAGCGCGGGGGGGGGGGGGAGCGGGGACAGCGAGGAGCGGCCGCCGCAGCCCGCGACCUGCCGCCGCCGCCGCCGCCGCCGCCGGAGGGGAGAGCCGGGCGCGGCCCCGGGCACCGCCGAGGAGCCGCCGCCAUGAACAGCGUGGGAGGCGCCGACGAGAUCGGGAAGCUCUUUGUGGGUGGCUUGGACUGGAGCACAACACAAGAAACUCUUCGUAGCUACUUCUCCCAGUAUGGAGAAGUCGUAGACUGUGUUAUAAUGAAAGACAAAACAACAAACCAGUCUCGAGGGUUUGGAUUUGUCAAAUUUAAAGACCCCAACUGUGUGGGAACAGUGCUGGCCAGCAGACCUCACACGUUAGAUGGCCGAAAUAUUGAUCCAAAGCCAUGUACACCUAGGGGGAUGCAGCCAGAAAGGACACGACCAAAGGAAGGAUGGCAAAAAGGAUCCAGGAGCGAUAACAAUAAAUCCAAUAAAAUCUUUGUUGGUGGGAUUCCUCAUAACUGUGGCGAGACAGAGCUCAGGGAAUACUUCAAGAAGUUCGGAGUGGUCACUGAAGUUGUAAUGAUCUAUGACGCAGAGAAACAGAGGCCCCGAGGUUUUGGAUUUAUUACUUUCGAGGACGAACAAUCAGUGGACCAGGCUGUCAACAUGCAUUUUCACGACAUCAUGGGCAAAAAAGUGGAAGUGAAGCGAGCGGAGCCUCGGGACAGCAAGAGCCAGACCCCUGGGCCCCCUGGGGCCAGCCAGUGGGGAAGCAGGAUCAUGCCAAGUGCUGCCAAUGGCUGGGCAGGGCAGCCCCCUCCGACCUGGCAACAGGGAUAUGGCCCUCAAGGGAUGUGGGUGCCAGCUGGACAGGCAAUUGGUGGGUAUGGACCACCUCCUCCAGGAAGGGGAGCUCCUCCACCACCACCACCAUUUACCUCAUACAUAGUCUCUACACCUCCUGGAGGAUUCCCUCCUCCACAAGGAUUCCCACAGGGCUAUGGCACCCCUCCACCAUUCAGUUUUGGUUAUGGUGCUCCACCUCCUCCACCUGACCAGUUUGCCCCACCAGGAGUCCCCCCUCCACCUGCCACUCCAGGGGCAGCACCACUAGCUUUUCCACCACCACCACCACCAUCUCAGGCAACUCAGGACAUGAGCAAACCCCCAACUGCUCAGCCAGAAUUUCCUUAUAGUCAGUUUGGGUAUGGACAAGACUUGAGUGGUUUUGGACAAGGUUUCUCUGAUCCCAGCCAGCAACCCCCUCCCUACGGAGGCCCCUCGGUGCAGCCAUCCAGUGGCCCACCGGCCGGAGGAAGUGGUUUUGGACGAGGACAGAACCACAACGUGCAAGGAUUUCACCCCUACAGGCGCUAGCGGGGCUGCAAGCAGGGAAUUCUGUCCACACGGGGGUGUCUGGGCCCAGCAGAGCCCAGCAAUCCCAGACUUCUGAACUUGUGACAAUCACAUACUUGAUGGAAGAAAAACCUAACAACUUUUUUUUUGUUUAUUUUUUUUGUUUGUUUUUUUUUUCAUCUUGUUUGUUUUUUUUUUGGGGGGUGGGGGAAGAUGCUUCUGAAGGCAGAGCUGUGGGUGUUUGGACUGCAGUUUUUAAACAUUUUCCUUUCUCUAACCCAUCAGCACAAAUAAAGAAAAUGUCACUGGUUCAAACUACAGGGUUUUAAAAAUGUCUUCAGCUUUAAUUCAAAACUUCAGGUUUCUUUUUUUUGUUUUGUUUUUUGAAAUUAUUUUUCCUGAGCCUUUGUUUUACCGUAUAUUGUAAACUUUUAUGUUUAAAAGAAGAAAAAAAAAUAUAUACAUUUACAGAUUGUGAAAUUUUUAAGAGAAAUUUUCUACUAUGUAUGCUGGCUUAUUUUUUAAUUUAAAGCAGGGUUUCCGUUAGCACUGUUGGGGGUGGGGGGGGGAGCUGCAGCCCCCCCAUGCCCGACCCGAGUGGUGGGGGUGGAUGGUUCAGAAACUCUGGGAGUUACAAAAGAAAUCUACUGAGUGUAUUUUGCUGUUGUUACCUGCAGGGGUAGGGCUGGUGAGGAGGCAGGGCAGGGUUGUUGCUGCACAGAGUCACUUGGGAAGCUCUGGGCUUCACACGUGUCAGACCCUCUGUGGGUUUCAGGGUUAAGGGAGUUAACGGAGGCCUUGUUCAGAUGUAGAUUUCCCUCAGGCAAAAGGUUUAGGUGCAUUUUGCACUAACCAGUGAUUACCCCUGGUUUGAAUAAAGAGAAGUACCUUUGGAUUAGAAACACAA